GGACCGCAGGAAAUCCCCCCCGCCAAACUCAUUCCCCUCCCACCCCCCACACACUCUCCAUUCAGCGAAAUCAUUCAUGCUGCUGAUGGCUGGAAGGUCUGGAUGCAGCAGGGCGCGCGGGGUGCUGUGCGCGGUUUGAUGCGGCUGGAGUUCGCGCGUGACGGUUUGCCUCCCCAAGCAAUAAGCUCGGACAUUCUUCUGUGGGAAGUUCUUCGAAGGUUUUUCUAAUAUUUUGGUGUCUAAAUCCAGCCUGGAUGGAGCGCGUCAUGGAAGUUUGCAAGGGCCGCCUGCUGGGCAUCUCGGUGGCCGUUGCGCACGGAGUGUUCUCGGGCUCCCUCAACAUCCUGCUCAAAUUCCUCAUCACCACCUACCACUUCACCUACCUCACGCUCAUCCAGUGCAUGACCAGCGCCACGGCGGCGCUCACGCUCGAGACUCUGCGCAGGCUGGGCAAGGUGGACAUCCCGCCCUUCAGCCUGCACCUGGCCAAAGUUUUCGCCAGCGUGUGCGUGCUGUCCACGCUGCAGUCCACGCUGACUCUGUGGUCGCUGAGGGGUCUCAGCUUACCCAUGUACGUGGUCUUCAAGCGCUGCCUGCCUCUGGUCACGCUGGGCAUCGGCGUGUGCGUGCUGAGGAACGGGACGCCCAGUGUUGGGGUGGUCGUGGCGGUGCUCAUCACAACCGGAGGGGCAGCUUUGGCAGGUGCAGGUGACCUCACAGGCGACCCCUUUGGCUAUGUGACUGGCAUUUUAGCGGUCAUUAUACAUGCCUCCUACCUUGUGAUCAUCCAAAAGACUGGUGCGGAUAGCGAAUAUGGCCCACUAACUGCCCAGUACACCAUCGCCAUAGUGGCCUCCCCCGUGCUGCUUGUUUGUUCCUUCGUGAGCAUGGACGCAAUCGACAUGUGGACGUACGAGGGCUGGAAGAACCCUUUCAUCACAGGCAUCUUCUGCUCCUGCAUCUUCAUCGGCUGUGCCAUGAACUUCACCACGCUGCACUGCACUUACAUUAACUCAGCUGUGACCACCAGCUUUGUGGGAGUUGUGAAAAGCAUUGCUACAAUUACUGUGGGCAUGCUAGCCUUUAGCGAUGUGGAGCCCACCAAACUGUUUAUAGCAGGUGUGGUGGUGAACACAAUAGGGUCCAUCACCUAUUGCGUGGUAAAGUACUAUGAGACGAAAAAGAAGCUCAACUACCAGGAUAUGGACGCUGCAGGCAAGGAGGAUGAACCACCUGGAGAGCCGUACAUAGAUCCACCGCCCAAAGCCGAUGGAGAGUUGGAAAGUUUUGCUAACGGAAGCCUGAGUGGAGCGUUCAGCGGCAAUGGCCUGAGUCCAGUCCGUGACAGUAAAGUAGCAGAGUCCAUAGAGUUAGAAAGACCAGCAUUUCUGGAGAACGAGCCAACAAACCAGUCUUUAACUGACAACUAUGUUGGUGUCUGGAGGUCAGUUCGCACCUUAAAGUUCCUGAAGAAGGACACCUUACUUGACAACAUGGAGGUGCAAAGUCCUUGAUGAAGGAUUUCCCAAAUAAUAGAGGUUGCUAAGCAUGCUAAGCUAAAGUGUUGUUACAGACUGACAUUGUGAACAAGAGAAAUGUUCACCUUUGUCCUCGCUCUCUUAAAAGAGUAGCUCACCCAAACAUGCUAACAUGGCUAACAGUGAAUGGAAGUAAGCACCAGCAGCAUUACGCCAUGGUGACUAUUCACUAUUAGCAUUAGCAUUUGUGAUUGAACUAUUCCUUUAAACCUGGUUUUAAGGAAAGCAAGUAUUUUUUAACAACAGAUAAUUAUGUUGGUGGUUAAAAACUUAUAGUGUGUUUGUAUUGGCUGAAAAAACUGUGCAGGCUGCUUGUAAGAGUGUGUGAGUGUUACAGUGAUAUGGCUCAUGCUGAGUUAUCAGUUUUCCCAGCAGUCUACUGAUCCAAAUGAAUGAGAGAAAAAAACAAUUUAGAAAAUAAUUUAGAAUUUUUGAUUUAUAUACAGACAGUACAUGUGUAAAUCCAGUGGUGAACCAUGAUUACUAGAGCUAGGCAUUCAAUUCGGGCCAUAAAUGUCAAAACCGUCUUUUACAACAAUGCUAAUUUAUGCUAGCACCCCUAUAGGUUUUGUAGCAGUAUAUUAGCGCUCAGCUAGCACUAGUGCACUUUGUUCUAGAUCAAACACACAUUUGAAGCUUACAAAAUACAUUCCAUAUGUUUUAUUUGAAGAUGGUAACAGACAUUAACAUAUAUUUGAACAGUUUUACAGUGACCCUCCAUUUCUGAAACUUUGUUAGACUGCGGCUCGUAUUCGCAGUGACAUAUCUAGAACUUCCAGAAGGUCUAGAGUGACGUUUUUAUCACAAAAUUGGUCGCAUGCACUGUAAUUUGAAACUUAAUUUGUUGAUUCCACUGUCUGUUUCUAAUUA